GCUGAGAGCAAAGGCUUGAGUGUCUUCAUUGAUUCAGAAACCAUUCUACCUACGUCCAGAGCAACGGCAGUUGCUGAUUUCAGUGACAGUGCAACCACGAUUACAGUUCCAGCCAACAGUAACCCAUCAUACGAAAUAUCACAGUUUUUCACAAUCAAUGACGACGAUAUUGAUGAGGACGAGCAGAGUUUUGCAAUAGUUGCUGAGAUAGGACCGGAUGUUCCCGAGAAUAUCAGCUGCUUCCAGACUGAAGUUGGAUCAGAUGUUUGCUUUGGGCGACGUGGAGCCACUGAAAUCAGAAUCACUGACAAUGAUCCUAUGAUCAUUGGGUUCACCCAACGCAUUCGAACAGUAUCGGAAGGUCAAGUUCCUGGAGUGGAUCUGUUCCAGCUGCAGAUUAAUGUUGAGAGCGCGAGGACAGCUGAAAGAGAGCAUCCAAUGGAGUUCCGUCUCCAGGAAACCAGUACUAAUGCUACUGUCGAGACACUGAUACCAUCUAGUGACGAUUAUGAUGCUACAUUUGGAUUAAGGGCAAACCCUGAUGAUCCUCUUGAGGAAACCCGUGAUCUGGACCCGGGAACACGUACAGUUGUACCAUUGCUUACAGCCAUCAGAAAUGACUUGAUUCCAGAGGACCUAGAAUGCUACUCUGUACGCAUAAUCCCUGUCAAUGUUCCUGGUCGUCGUGAGUUGUUUGAAUGCAGUAAGGAUUCUGCGAUGGCAGCUAACUACUUCUGUGAGCACACAAUCUGCAUCUUGGAUGAGCUAUUUCAGGUUGCUUUUGUAAGAACAAUGUACACUGUUGAUGAGAGUGUGGGUCCCGUGUUGGUCUGUGUCAAUCUCACUCGACCUGAAUUUGACGUUCUCGAUGAAACUGUCAAUGUGUUUGUCACCGACUUCACAACGUCCAUGUACAUCCCAGUUGGUGACGUCCCUUUUGCAACCCCUGAUAUUCCUGACAUUCUUGGUCGGUAUCCAAUGGCAGAGAGAUCUGACUUUCAACAGCAGACUCCUGCCGUCAAUUUAAUAGACAAUAUCCUUAUUAGUGAACUGAUGAGAAUAGUCUGCUACAACCAGACCAUCUACGACGACCUACGUUUGGAGGCAAAUGAAUAUGCAGGCCUUACGCUUGGAGUUGAGGAUAAUGCGCAAACAACAGUUCUUACUUUAGUAAAGGAAUUGUUUGAUCAAGCCUCCAUUCUUAUUGUGGACAAUGACAGGGCUGUGGUUGGCCUGGAGCAGACAUUUUUCAGUGUGUCAGAAGAUGUUGGUUAUGUUGAGCUCUGUGCCAAUGUUUCAUUCCCAGAGAUUACCUGUCCUAUUGAAUUCCCAUUUGAAGUUGGGCUUUGGACUGCUGAUGGAACUGCAGUGGAAACCAUGGACUAUGGAGUAAUUAAUGAGACUCUGAUGUUUGAUGCCUGCGAGACGAGGAAGUGUGUGAAUGUCACCAUAACAGAUGACCUGGUAGACGAACAGAAGGAGUUGUUUACCUACACCCUGACAAGGACACCUUCUCUAGACCCCAGGAUUGAGUUAGAUCCUAUUGAUGGAACAGUUGAGAUCAUCGAUAGUGAUGUAGUGGGGCUGGCAGUGACAUCCUACACUAUAUCAGAGUCAGAUGAAGUGGUUGAGGUGUGCAUCAAUGCAGUUGGUACCACUUCUUCGUGUCCCAGCACCGAAUCUUUCCAUGUCACUCUCUCCACUAGUGAUCAAACUGCA